AUGGCUUCCAACCGCACUCGCCGUAUCGCAAAGGAGAUCGCCGAUAUCCACGCGGAUACCCAUUCGGGAAUCACAGCGGAACCAGUUGGCAGUGAGGAGGACAUCACACAUCUCCGGGGCUCAUUUCCGGGCCCCCCAGGCACCCCGUAUGAAGGCGGAACCUAUAAAAUCGACGUCAAGAUCCCGACUGAAUAUCCAUUCCGGCCUCCAGUCAUGAAGUUUGAGACCAAAGUCUGGCAUCCAAACGUCAGCAGUCAAACGGGUGCUAUUUGCCUUGACACUUUGUCAACUGCGUGGUCGCCGGUCCUAACAAUCAAGUCUGCCCUCCUAUCGCUCCAGUCUUUGCUCAGCACACCAGAGCCCAAGGACCCUCAAGAUGCAGAGGUUGCCAACAUGCUUAUUCGAAGACCAAAAGAAUUUGAACGAGUUGCGCAAGAAUGGGCAACGCUCUAUGCAGGAGCUCCUAGAAAGCAGGGUGGUGAGGGUAGCGGUGGCGCAACAGACGAGUCCCUUCGAAAGCAGGAGCUCAAAUCCAAGGAGGAUCAAGAAAGGGAAGAUCUGGCCAAGUACGAUGGGUAUAACAAAGACUUGAUCGACCGAUUCUGCAGCAUGGGCUUUGAUGUGGAUCGGGUGGUCUCUGCCUUCAAUUAUGUUGGGAUUGAUCGGAUGGAUGGAGAGGACUAUGAGCUGGAGGAGGCGUAUAUGGGCGAUAUUACCGCCCGACUUUUGGGUGAGCCAUGA